AUGGACUACUCAAAGUACCAGUAUGGCUAUCCUCCAGGCUACACAGGUCAAUACGCUCAACAAGCACAGUAUCAAAACACACCACCACAGAUAACGAAUCCGUUCGGUGCGCCGCCACCACCGCGAACAGCAGCCGCUGGCGCCGCAAAUCCAAACUACGACCCCGAAUACGAAGCAGCUGUAGCAUCAUGGCAAUCAGCAUAUGCGCCCGCGGACGAGCAAGAUCGAAACAGGAGAGGCAUGAAGCCCGACAAAGCUGGUAAUCCCAACUUAGCACCCAUAGGCACGAGGCCACAAGCAGGUGUCGUGGAAGCCGUGAAUGAUGCCAAGCCUAAGUCGCUAGAAGAGAAGAAGUUGACCGUGGUACGGAAAGGUGGAGGCCAGCAGUGGGAAGAUCAGUCACUACUCGAGUGGGACCCAACGCAAUUUCGACUCAUGGUCGGCAACCUAGCAGGCGAAGUCACAGACGAGUCGCUCGCCAAAGCGUUUGCAAACUACGGCGUCUCGAAAGCGCGAGUAGUCCGCGACAAGCGCACAACAAAAUCGAAAGGCUUUGGAUUCGUGUCGUUCACGGAUGGCGAGCAGGGGUUCAAGGCUGCGAGGGAGAUGGUGGGCAAGUACAUCGGCAGUCAUCCAGUCACGAUCCAGCGCAGUAAGACAGAUCUCACGCCGACCAAGCAGAAGCAGAAUGAUAAGCACAAGGGCAAGAACAACCGGAAUCGUGACAAGUCGGGUGGUAAGGAGGGUGAUCCGCUGCGAGCUCAAACUGGUGCGCAUAUUGAGAAGAAGCCGGUUAUAAAGCCUGGCAUGAAGAUGCUUGGCUGA